CUCUUCACCAUUGUGUUUCUUACAAUCGGCGCUUAGGUCACUCUUUGUCAAAACCCAAAACACCUUGUUUUGUGAACCUCUUUCUUUCUCUCUCAGUCAUGGAUUUCCACACUCUCUCAAGGAAGGAGCUUCAGGCCCUCUGCAAGAAGAACAAGAUCCCAGCUAACAUCACCAAUGUCGCCAUGGCUGACUCUCUCGCUGCUCUUCCCCAAGUUGAAGGUUUGGAUGAAUUGUUGAAUCCAAAGGAGGGCGAUGUUGGAACCCCAGAUAUUCGUCCCCGAACCGUUAGCAGAACCUCAACUCAGAGGAAAGCAAGGAAUGAACCGGAAAGUUCUAAGGUCACUUCUCGGGUUCGCCGUGUGCCGGCGGCAGGAACUGGGGAAGGAGUGGUUGAGCAAGAAAACAAAGAUAACAAUGUCCCAGCCACACCUGCUGCUGUGCCACCAAGUAGCAGGAGAAGGGUCCCUGCACCUUCUACUCGCAGAUCUAAGAAGGAAGCUGAAAUGCUGGAAGAAGAUGAAGAUAAGGGAAAGCCUAAAACUGCUGUUGCUGCUCCUAGAAGCAGGACAAGAGCUACUGGUCGUUCUGCUUGCACUAAAAUUGAGACCUCAGGUUAUAGCACCAGGAGGUCCGUGAGAUUGAUUGGGAAAAGCUUGUCUAAGAUGAGUUUGAUGGACACUGAAGAUGAGGGACUUUCCAAGAUUGGUGAUGUUUCUGAAGAAUUGAGUGGUGUAUCUGAGCAUGUAGAGGAGGACUCAUCAGUGACUGAAAAGGGGGCUAGUUUGCAGACAGUGUCAAGUGUGGUUUCGGAGAAUAGUGAAGAUCUGGAAGUUUCCUUGCUGAACAACACUGAUUAUGAAUGCCAAUCAAAAGAGGAGGUUUCUGAGAAAGUCAAUGACUUGGAGCCAGAGUUGCCUGAGAAGCAAGAGGAGGUUUCUGAGAAUGUCAAUGACUCGGAGCCAGAGUUGCAGGCUGAGAAGCAAGAGGAGGUUUCUGAGAAUGUCAAUGAUAUGGAGACAGAGUUGCAGGCUGAGAAGCAAGAGGAGGUUUCUGAGAAUGUCAAUGAUAUGGAGCCAGAGUUGCAGGCUGAGAAGCAAGAGGAGGUUUCUGAAAAUGUCAAUGAUAUGGAUUCAAAUUUGAAAGUGGAUUCAACUGAAGCAGGAUCCAAGUUGUUAUCUGAAGAAAGUAAGGAAUGCGUUGCAGCAGUCUAUGAUGAUGCAUUGUCUGUUGAGGUAUCUCAAGAUGCUUUUAUGGAGGUUGCUGACCAAGACAUUGCUGCGUUGACUGUUGUGGCACCUGGCUCGCUUCCUAUGCCAUCUGUUGAUGAUGCUUCAGUGAGCCUCAAGGAAUUUGUUGAGGGAAACACUGUUAAUGAAGGCAAUGAGACUGAAGUUGAACAUUCAGAGGUCGUGGCAAGUGCUGGUGAGCACCAAGAAGAAAAAUUGGAAGUCAAACUAGUGUACCCAGAAGAGGAUGCCCCUUCUGCUGUUGUAGCAGAAAAGGAUGCAAGUACUGAGAGUUCUAAAGCUGUAACUGAGGUCUGCGAUGAAUCUUCUGUAGAAGAGGAAGAAAGCAUGGAAGCUGUUAUUGGGCACUCGGAAGAUAGCAUGGUUGAGAUAAAUUCUGAUGUUACUGGGGCCCCUUCUGCUGUUGCAGCAGAAAAGGGUGCAAAUUCUGAGAUCUCUGAAGCUGUAAUUGAUGUCUGCAAUGAACCUUUUGCAGAUGAGAAAGAAAGCAUGGAAGUUGAGAAUGUCAUUCUUCAACUUUCAUCCCUGGACGUGUCUGCAGAGCAGAUAAAGGAAGAAUCGCUUAGCUCAGUUCAGCCAGAAACAAAUAUGUGCAAUGCUAAUGUGAUGAAGGAAAACAGUGAUGAUUUGAAGAACAUGAGUAUGCGGGGGCUCAAGAAGAUACUGAAGAAGAAGUUUGCAGGGCCUGAAGCACUUGGUAAAUCAAGCAUCAAGGUGCAGGAAGUGGAGAAGAGAACUGCACUGCAAGCAUUGCCACAGAAUUGAAAUGAGGGCUGAUAUUAUAGACAAAUCAUCACAAAUGAUUGAUGAAAUUUUGUUAUGUUACUUAAGUGUGCCACUUGGAAUGUGGCACACUCAAAAUAAAUACUUUGGUUGAUUGUGUAUGUGGAGUGGAGGGUCUAACCUUUGGUUUGGCACUCCCUUCCCAUUUUAGCUUUUCUUUCUUUGCGAAUUAUGAGUGUGAUUACUUCUCUUUGGAGUCUCAAUUUUUGAAUAUUAGUGGGAUUACUUCUCUUUGCAGCAA